AUGUCGGCCUAUCCCGAGUUCACGGGCGGGUACCAAACGUGCGAGCACUCGCUGCAGAAGUUCAAGACGCAAAAGGCGGCCAAGGCAUAUAUGGCCGAGAACGGUUUAGGCCGACAAGAAUACGGCCACUGCACUGCCGAGAACCAGAUGUGCACGCUGAUCAACUACGUCCUUGCCGCCACCGAGCCUGACCUCGAACACCUUGCGAAAACGUGGACGAUCAAACAAGCCUUGGUUACGAUACAGUGCUAUACGAACACCCCGGUGAGUCAAGUGCUAAGCUGA